ACUGCAGGUGAGUUUUGGACCGCUGCGGGUUACUUCAGGGGGCUGGGCCUCUCGGGGACAGGGCGACCCCGUCCAAGUUCCAGGCCAGCGGGGCCCUGGCCUUGCCAGGGGCGCCCAAAGCUGCAGCCAGAAAAAGAUGACCACUUCUUAGCUGCGGUGAAUUAAGGUACCAGCGCCGACAGACCCCGAGGAGAGGAGCUCCUGAGGAGAGGAGCAGAGUCUGCUGGAUGUGGAGGGAGAGACACUCUGCGGGUGAUGUCAUGGAGGCGCAACCCUGAUGGCUGGCAUCGACAGGCACUGACUGUACUUUGCCAGAGGCUUCCACUCUCUGCAGCCCUACGGCAGCCAUCACCUCUCAGAGGAGAAUGCAAAAGCUGGCCACUUCCUGGGGGCGUUGCUUUACCCAGAGGUGAGCCCAGGCCCAGAAUGGGAGACUCCAGAGAUCUUUGCCCUCACCUUGACUCAAUAGGGGAAGUGACUAAAGAGGACUUGCUGCUCAAAUCUAAGGGAACCUGUCAGUCCUGUGGUGUUACUGGACCGAACCUGUGGGCCUGUCUCCAGGUCACCUGCCCCUAUGUUGGCUGUGGAGAAUCCUUUGCUGACCACAGCACUAUUCAUGCACAGGCAAAAAAGCACAACCUGACAGUGAACCUGACCACUUUCCGUGUGUGGUGUUAUGCCUGUGAGAAGGAAGUGUUCCUGGAGCAACGGCUGGCAGCUCACCCACCAAGCCCCUCACCCAAAUACUCAGAGAAGGAUUCUCCACCACCUUCUCACCCUCUGAAAGCUGUCCCUAUUGCCGUGGCCGACGAGGGAGAGUCUGAGUCGGAAGAUGAUGACCUGAAACCUCGAGGCCUCACGGGCAUGAAAAACCUUGGGAACUCCUGCUACAUGAAUGCUGCCCUGCAGGCCCUGUCCAAUUGCCCUCCACUAACCCAAUUCUUCCUGGAGUGUGGAGGCCUGGUGCGCACAGACAAGAAGCCAGCCCUGUGCAAAAGUUACCAGAAGCUGGUCUCUGAGGUCUGGCACAAAAAACGCCCAAGCUACGUGGUUCCCACCAGCCUGUCUCAUGGGAUCAAGUUGGUCAACCCGAUGUUCCGAGGCUAUGCUCAGCAGGACACCCAGGAGUUCCUGCGCUGCCUUAUGGACCAGCUGCAUGAGGAGCUCAAGGAGCCAGAGGUGGCAGCAACGGCAGCAGCAGUAACAGAGGCUCGGGACUCAGACUUGAGUGACACGGAUGAGAAGCGGGAGGGUGACCGGAGCCCAUCAGAGGAUGAGUUCCUAUCCUGUGACUCAAGCAGCGACCGCGGUGAGGGUGAUGGGCAGGGUCGUGGUGGGGGCGGCUCUCAGGCUGAGACAGAGCUGCUGAUCCCAGAAGAGGCGGGUCGUGCCAUCUCCGAGAAAGAGCGGAUGAAGGACCGCAAGUUCUCCUGGGGCCAGCAGCGUACAAACUCCGAGCAGGUAGAUGAGGAUGCUGAUGUGGACACCGCCAUGGCCGCCCUUGACAACCAGCCCACAGAAGCUCUGCCACCAUCACCGCGUUCAACCAGCCCCUGCCGGACACCAGAACCGGACAAUGACGCCCACAUGCGCAGCUCCUCUCGCUCCUGCAGCCCAGUCCAGCAUCAUGAGGGCCACGUUAAGCUGUCCAGCAGCCCUCCUCGUGCAAGCCCUGUGAGGAUGGGGCCAUCAUAUGUGCUCAAGAAAGCCCAGGUACUGACUGCAGGCAGCCGGAGGCGGAAGGAGCAGCGCUACCGCAGCGUCAUCUCGGACAUCUUUGAUGGCUCCAUUCUCAGCCUUGUGCAGUGUCUCACCUGUGACCGGGUAUCCACCACAGUGGAGACAUUCCAGGACUUGUCGCUGCCCAUUCCUGGCAAGGAGGACCUGGCUAAGCUCCACUCAUCAAUCUAUCAGAAUGUGCCGGCCAAGCCGGGCGCCUGUGGGGACAGCUAUGCCACCCAAGGCUGGCUUGCCUUCAUUGUCGAGUAUAUUCGACGGUUAGUGAUAUCCUGUACCCCUAGGUGGUUUUGGGGGCCUGUUGUCACCCUAGAAGACUGCCUUGCUGCCUUUUUUGCUGCUGAUGAGCUGAAGGGUGACAACAUGUAUAGCUGUGAACGGUGUAAAAAGUUGCGGAAUGGGGUGAAGUACUGUAAAGUUCUCCGGCUGCCCGAGAUCCUAUGUAUUCACCUGAAGCGCUUUCGGCACGAGGUGAUGUACUCAUUCAAAAUCAGCAGCCACGUCUCCUUCCCACUGGAGGGACUCGACCUGCGCCCCUUCCUUGCCAAGGAUUGUAUGUCCCAGAUCACCACCUACGACCUCCUCUCAGUCAUCUGCCACCACGGCACAGCAGGCAGUGGGCACUAUAUUGCCUACUGCCAAAACGUGAUUAAUGGCCAGUGGUAUGAGUUUGAUGACCAGUACGUCACUGAGGUCCAUGAGACGGUGGUGCAGAACUCCGAGGCCUAUGUCCUUUUCUACAGGAAGAGCAGUGAGGAGGCAGUACGGGAGCGGCAGCUGGUGGUGUCGCUGGCUGCCAUGCGGGAGCCCAGCCUGCUGCGCUUCUACGUGUCCCGUGAAUGGCUCAACAAAUUCAACACCUUCACUGAGCCGGGACCCAUCACCAACCAUACCUUUCUCUGCUCCCAUGGAGGCAUCCCGCCCAACAAAUACCACUACAUCGAUGACCUGGUGGUGAUCCUACCCCAGAAUGUCUGGGAGCACCUCUAUAACAGGUUCGGGGGUGGCCCUGCUGUGAACCAUCUGUACGUGUGCUCCAUCUGCCAGGUGGAGAUAGAGGCUCUAGCCAAGCGCAGAAGGAUCGAGAUCGACACCUUCAUAAAGCUGAACAAGGCAUUCCAGGCCGAGGAGUCGCCAAGCAUCAUCUACUGCAUCAGCAUGCAGUGGUUCCGGGAGUGGGAGGCCUUUGUCAAGGGGAAGGACAAUGAGCCCCCAGGGCCCAUUGACAACAGCAGGAUCACACAGAUCAAAGGAAGUGGCCACAUCCAGCUGAAGCAGGGAGCUGACUAUGGGCAGAUUUCAGAGGAGACCUGGAUCUACCUGAACAACCUGUAUGGAGGUGGCCCUGAGAUCGCCAUCCGACAAAGUGUGGCCCAGCUUCAGGACACAGAGAGCUUAUAUGGAGAACAAAAAAUUGAAGCUGAGACCCGGGCCAUGUGACCUUGGUGGGCCAAUCUGUAAGUCUCCCUGGCUGGGUCCCUCCAGGGGCUCUGUGGUCCCUUCCUCCCUCUCCAGAGUCCCUCUUUUGUCCCUAGAGUGUCAGAAGAAUGUAUCCCUGAACACACCUUCCCUGAGGCUGCUCAGGAGAACCCUCUGCGUGGGCCCCUGCUCUGCUGAGUGCACUGAGUGUCCCCACAGGCCCCUGCAUUUGCUCCUUAUCCCUGCAGAGGGUGUGCUUAGGUCCCAGAAGAGAGGCUGGCCACUUCAGAAACCCAGAUGUGUAAAGAGGCAGAAAAGUUGUUUUGGUUCACAGUGAGUAAUGCUGCAACUAGGAAAUAUAUUAAUUUCAGACUUGUAAACGACCAAGACUCUGUGGCGUUAUUUUGGGUCUUUGACCUGGCAGUGCACAGAUCAGCCAUUGUCAUUGUUACAUCCCCCAAACCUGCCUUCUCACUAGUGGGGGCCCAGCUUUUGUCCCUGGAGCCCUGGGCCCAUGGCCGCCUGAGAUUUGGGGCCCAACACUGCCUCCCUAUCAGAGGCUGUGGCCUUGGGACAGUGGUUCAGGGAUUAGCUGCUGCUUCACAGGUACUUUCUGUGCACUUGGUCCAGCAUCCCAAAAGAGUCACAACAGUGGUGAGCAGAGGAACUGAAAACGCCAGCAGUGCAGAUGCUCAUGCUUGUCACGGAGCCAGCUCCUCCCAGUGGUCCCACUUCAUCCCCACAUUGCUUCAUUGUAACCAGAAAGGCUCCCUGAAGUCUUGGACUUCUCUUUAAUCCUGCAGACUAAAGACUCGGGACUUGUUCGUGAUUGGGACACAAGGAGAGGGUUGAAUUUCUGUCAAUGGGGGAUGUCUCUGGAAGCAAUUGGUUCCCCUUCAAUUCCCCAUUUUGUCCUGCUGAGCUUGCCCCUUGGAUUGGCUGUAAUUUGCCCCAGAGCUUAGUGGUUCAUCAUUAUGGAAUAUUUGCUGAGCCCCCACAAGGGAACCGGACGAUGAAACAGAAAUACCUCAUGUUAUCAUUUGCCACUAAGGCAGCUUCCCCGGGGAUAAUGGUAGAAGAAACACACUUUCCUUUUCUCCCCAACACUGUUGAGCUGCAUAGAGCCCCACCUCAAGGAUGUGGUAUUAGGGGCAGCUUUCACAAGUAGGUCCCCAGAAGUGUCUCUUCUGGAUGCUGAGGCACUGGGACCUGCUGAGCACAUCAAGUCUGGAGUUGUGUUUCCAGUGGCACUAAAGCCCCAUGAAGAAGGAGCUGGGGAAGGUGCUCACCAUGUCAGGGUCAAAGCAAAUGGGGAAAGGGUGCUGGGAAGGGUUCUGGGACCAAACUCCCUCCCAAACUCCCGUGGCCUUCAGACUCUGUAGAAGCAGAUGUCAGUGGAAAUUCUAGGAGGCCAGAGCCCCUGAAGCCUCUCGCUUCAUGUUGCUCACUCAGUUAUAUUGCUUUACGUAGAUUCCGUUUCUUCCCGGCUGUGGCAGCUUGUUGAUCAAAGAACAAGCCACUGUUGGAAUUUUUUGAUGUUUGCCAGUGUUUUGAAAGCUGCUGCUGCAGCAAGCAGUGAACCCACUGCAAAGCCUUUGUGGCUGCAUGUUGUAUGUACUGUUUGUGACGUAGAGAUUCCACUGUUCAGAUUGUAAUCUUGCCCCACGUCGGAGUUGUCUAGUUUGUGUUCAGAAUGUCAGAAUAAAUACGUAUUCAUUCCCCACAGCC